CGAUGAGCCUCACUUGUCAUUUCCACCCUUCAAUUAAUUUCAGUAUCGCAAAUCAAGUCCAAAUUACUGAUUCACACAUAUUGCAAUCUUGCUUUUUUUCUCUCUCUCUUUCUUUUUUUCGCUGUGUCACAUCCUACCGUAUCUCGCUCGGAUUUUGAAAUUAUCAUCUCCCCUAAUCAAUUGACUCAACUCUCCUUUUCCAGUCAUGCUCCUUAUUUGCGAAUCGAUUUGCGACUAGCGCUGGCGUUCAUCUUAUUUUUCUAGAUAAGUCUAAAGAAUUUUGGCUUAAGCAAGACCAUGCUUAAACUUAUGAGUACUGUACUCCUGUCGCUGCUUUACCAUGGCUCUCUUACAUAGCCGCCAGUCUUCGGCGGCCUCUUCUGAUAUUUCUGAUGAGUUUUCCGUUCCGGAAUCCAUCCCCGAGUCCACAUCUCACCGCUCCGCGCCUCCGCCCGCCAUGUCUCAUGCUCAACUCUUAGUUAUGGAGCGCGACAAGUAUUCCGACGAAGAUAUUCGGAUUUUGUACGAAAUCGUGGUUAGGGCCGAAGAGAUUUUGUCUGAGCUUACGCCUUCUUCUCGUUUGCCAACUCACGCCUUGUUCAAAGCUUAUGAUGAGAUUCUUCCGCUUCAUAAGCUUGACCCGGACGAAGACCAGCUUAUCAGCAAGCUUGUCUUCCGGGUGGGGGGUGUCAAACGGGACAUUUCGCUCAAAGAGAAGUUCAAGGUAAUCAUGUCGCAGAUGGAAAUUACUGUUCAAAUGGACGGCUCUUCGGCGUAUGGGAGCGAUGCUGGGGAUGCCUACAACAACCCUGCCUCCUCCGGCAAGCCUCUUGGAUUUACUGAUGGAGAUUACACGGGUGAUGAUUACACUAUUCCAGAGGGUGUGAAUCAUAACAAUCCACAUAACGGAAACAACCAAGCUAGCCUCUCUGUGAUUGAACAACACCUCGAAAAUAGCGCAAUUGCCUUCCGCAAGAAGCACCAGAACAAAUUCUCCGCUACAAGCGCUCUUCGAUACUGGCAGAAAAAGUCCGCAUUCAUUGCCCACAUUUCUGAUCAGUUCGAUGCUGCUCGGCAGGCUGAUCUGGAAGACGAUAUUGGAACGAAGUUUGAAAUCUGGAGGACUAUCGCUGCCGAAGUGGACAGCGUACCACCCCAAAAUCUGCCCCCUAACGUGUAUUCCAAGCGGAUCGAAGGGAUUGCUGUUCGCGCCCAUGAUAUCCACAUCGCCCGAACCGUGUUGAAAUAUUGGCGGCAUAAUGCAAAGGAGGAAGGCCAUAGGAUUCGGAAUAUCGAGGAGUCAUCAGAUCCCCUGGAGCGUGUCGCGGCGAAGGCGCACAAAUACGUGAUGCUUUCUCGCGCCUUUGCGAAUUGGUCCAACCGCUGGGAGGAAGAGUCGGAGAAGGCACAUAUGGCUGCCAAGGUCUAUGAAAUGAGCCUGAAAUCAAAGGCAUUCGGUCUUCGGCAACGCCCAGAGGUCAAUAUUCGCGCCAGCCGUACCCGCGGUGUUCGUUUUGAUGUUUCUCCCGCUACGAACCCUACCAGUACCGAAAGCGCGUUUAAGUCUCCUCCGGUCAAGGCCAAUGCCGAGCCUAGUUCUGCUGUAGCGCCUGUUGGCCCGGUGAGUACUGCCGUUGACAGCCAGGAAGUACUCCCCGAGGCCUCUGCAAAGGAUACCUCUUCUCAUGAAGAACCGGCUGAUACUAUGGACGAAAUGGACGAAACCACGUUGCUUGCACGAAGGCAUAUCCUCCGCAUGCGCUACUAUGAUGCGUGGGAGAAGUAUACAGCGGAAAAUUUACACAGAGUUAGGAAUUUCCGCGCAGAGCAGCAAGAGGACCACAUUGCUCGUGCCAUUCCUAUAUGGCGCUCCGAAGCUAAAAAGGCGUCUCUUGAACACGAGGCCAUGCAGUAUAAUGCCAAAAGAGCCAGCUACUACAAUAAGACUACAAGAGCUCUAGACACAUGGAGACAAGAGAGCCAAGAAAAAUUGCAAGGUCACGAUGAGAUACUAGAGAACUACGCUGCACGGGCCAACUUCUAUUAUAAAGCUACCAGGAUAUUACCAAGUUGGCGGAACGCAGCGAAAGAGGCCAGCCAACAGCAAGGGGUUCUCGAACUUUAUGCAGACCGAGCAGAGUAUUAUUACAAAGCUACAACUUCACUUCCACUUUGGAGAGCUCAAGCACAGCACACGGCUGAGCACGAGAAGAAACUGGCAAGCUAUGCUGAACGAGCUGAUUACUAUUAUAGAGCUCGAGGCACUUUAGUAGAGUGGCAUGAUAUUGCCAAACAAAGGCGAAAACGGAGAUUAAAAGAAGCUCACUUAGAAACCCGCCGUAUUGUAAAGAAAGGCAUGGGGCAACGGUGUAUUGCGCAAUGGCGUGAAAGGGUACAGCCGAGCUUCGAACGGAUUGAAGUAAUGGAUUUGCUUCUGGAAGAUAUCAUGACAGAUCAAAAAACGAAUCAGAUCGUGGAGACACUCGCGACAUGGCGCGAGAAGGCCCAUCAGAGGGAAGAAAUGGAGCUAAUGAGCGAUGCCGUGGUGGAAGGGAAAUUCUUGGAACAGUGGAGGGUUCGAUCGACAUAUCAUCAAGAGUUGGAAGUCGAAGCCAAGGAACACUGGAAAGAGAAGACAAUGUCACGGACGUUAAAAAACUGGAACCUCACUUCCCUCCAAGUUCCGAAUCGACCACUGAUAGUGGCGAAUGCGCUGGAAAAGAAAGACAGGAGAUUGUUACGAAACGGGUUUGAGAAUUGGUAUAGUCGAACGGCAGACAAGCUUGUUCCUAUCGAGCUCUCAGAUGGGAGCUAUAAGAGCGUGGAACAAGUGGUGGAAGAUGCGCAACAUGAGGCAUCGCUAAGCCACGCUCGGGGUUUGCUAAAUAACUGGAAAGCCGCCGCGAAGAGCAGGAAUGAUAAUAUCCAGCAAGAAACGUACACUCCUACCCCAGGAAGACCACGUCUCUUUCUUGGAGGCCUGAGUAUGCGUGAGACGACAACACCAUUAGCGCCUGUUCCGAGUCGAAAUUGGCGAGCCAGCGAAACGGCCGUGAGGGGUUCCGCAAUCGGGGGCAAAGCUAGUCGAUCCGGUCGGGCCGCGAGGAAUCUUAGGGUUUCAUGGGCGCAAUAAUUAGGUUAUUCUAGUUGACGGUGACGGUGCCGUUAGCGCUACUGGGUUUGUCUUGUUAUUUUUUAUGAGUACGGUGGAGUGUGUGGAAUCUUGCAUGGAAUAGGCGCGGAUGGCAUUUUUACUUUUACAUAGUGAUACCCCUGGAUCUGUUAGUUUCAAAGAUUCAAAGAUAUUUAUAAUAGAAUAUACGGACUCGUGAGCCGUGUUAUUAUUGUA